AUUACCGAAAGAAAAGCUAACCGGUUUCCCCGUCGGACCCCUCGACGUCCGGCCGUUUAUCUAGUCAGAACUGGACCAGUACCGGAGCUCUUUACCCGGGUUUGGAGCACUUUUGAAGACGGGGCGGAAAGUGUGUGAUGAGUCCCUAGCCGUGCAAAAAAAAAAGAAGAAGCGAGAACUUGCUUUUUGCAGCCUGAGUUGUUCUCCUUCUUUCAAUUGUUACAGAAAAUCUUUUUAAUUCACUUAAACUUUGCACCGGCCGCGACGAAAGUGGAAUAAAAGUGUUUUUCUGGAUACAGCAUGGAAGUACAGGGCCUGCAUGAGGCGCUGAAAGUAGAAAUCCAAUGUCAUCAGGAUGGAGAGCUUAAGAGACAGCUGCACGACAGGAGAAUAACAGCACUGAGUGAUAAACAAAACCAGACGCUGUGCAAAGGCCUCAAUGAACUACAGAACGGACAGAAGCUGGCGGUCAGAAGCUCCUCUAAACCGCUGUCCCUCUUGAAGACCUCCCCCGCGGCCCCCCCCAUCUCCAUCUCUGUGCUGCCUGCCAAGACCCCCGUCUCCAUGGUGACGGCUCACGUUAACGGGCAGACGUCGCCCCCCCCCAGCAGUCGGAGAGCAGAGCUGCCCCCCCCCUCUCAGAUGCUGGGAACUCUCGCUGCUCUGCCCAUCAAGGUGCCUCAAGUCAGCUCCCUGCACCGGCUGGCAGGACAAGCAGCCACCAUGCUACCUCAGGUCAGGCCUAAGAGUUUGAUCCCCGACAGCCUCCCCCCCGCCCCCCGGUCGCAGCAGCAGCCGGUCAGCCUGCAGAGAUCUACGCUGCCCCCCCACAACUCCACCUGCAACCCCCCAAACGGCCAGAGCCACACCUCUCCCAAUGCCGCCUCGCCCAUCCCGACCUCCCCCCUGCAGCCUGUUGCCUCCCCCCUUCAGCCUGUUUCUUCCCCCCUCACCUCCAACCUGCAGCAGGUGGUCUCCCCCCUGCAGCAGGUGGUCUCCCCCCUGCAGCAGGCGGUCUCCCCCCUGCAGCCUGUUGCCUCCCCCCUGCAGCAUGUUGCCUCGGCGGGGCCCGGUGUCGCCUUCGCCAUCAUCGCCGCCGCCCCCCCCGCCUCUGGGACGACCGCCGUCAGCGAGGCGGUGAAGGUGAUAAUUAUCCAGCCUCAGGCCCCCAGCAGCUCUGAAGACUCCCCACACCCAGACCUCCCGACACAGGAAGCCCCGCCCACCCCCAAAUCUCCCAAGUCCCCGAAGAAAGACGAGGACCCCGAGAAAGUGGCGUUCAUGGUCUCCCUGGGCCUCGUCACCACAGAGCACCUGGAAGAGAUCCAGACGAAGAGGCAGGAGAGGAAGAGACGCAGCACGGCCAACCCGGCGUACAGCGGCCUGUUCGAGCCCGAGCGUAAGCGUCUGGCGUCUCAUUACCUGAACAGCUCGCUCUUCCUGUCGGCACGAGACUCUGAGGAUUUCUGCUGGAAGGAGGACGUGGAGCAUGAGGAUGUGUGUGCAGUGUGUCAGGAGGACGGGGAGCUGCAGCUGUGUCAUGUUUGUCCUCGAGCCUUUCAUCCCACCUGCCUGCACCCCCCCCUCAGGACCCCCCCCAGAGGCCCCUGGUACUGCCCCAAGUGCCAGAAGAAGGUGCUGAACAAAGAGAACAUGUCGUGGCCGCAGAACUUCGUCCAGUCCUACGUCACACACAAGACCGUGCGGCAGGAGGAGAAGCGACGGCUGCUCCGAAGAAACUCGGAGCUGAAGAAGGAGUUCACUCACCUGGAGGAUCAGGACGACAAGCUGAAUGAGACACUCAAACAGUGCAUGGAGCAGCGAGAGCGCCUCCUGCUGCAGCAGCGCGACACCACCUCGUCUCUGCAGCGCCUCCGGGAUCUCAUCCUCCUCAUCCAGCAGGACCAGCUGAUCCACGUCUCCAUGACAACAACAACCACAACAACCCCCACCGCCACCCCCACCGCCAUCGCCAUCGCCAACAGCAAUGCCUCCUCGCUGCUCAGCACCAACUGGAGCAAAAACACCAGCAGCAGCAGCAGCCAACCAAUGGAGAGCCCGGACGCCAACAACUAGCCCCGCCCCCUUUUUUUAUUUAUCUGUUUUUUUUAAUAACACGACGACUUCCUGUCCGUCCAAAAUGAAGAAUCCCCCCACUAGUGCUGCAGAUAAAUGAGUAAACCAGGGAGGUCUCUCAGAGGAGGAUCCAAGAGCUUAAUUGGCUCCCUUUGAAUAAGCUCGUUAGCCAAUCAGAAUCCGCCAAUUAUGGCUUGGACACGUCAUUUUUUGCCAUAAAAUCUGUUUAACUGGCUCUAUAUGAAAGAUCCGGGGGUCUAAUCCUACAUUUCUGACCCUGUAGAAACCAAAUUCAGAGGUCAGGAGUGACUCAGAGGCUUCUUUAUACCGUAUCUAAGCCAAAAUAACCGUUGGUGGAGGUGUCGGCUAACUCAUUCUGCUAACGUAGAAGACUAGUGUUAGUGCUGUUAAGCCCUGAAGGAGUUUCUAAAUUGUGAAUUAACAUGUAUUCAAUACCCAAAUUGAUCCAGUGGAGGUAAAACACUGUUUCAUCAGCUGGAUGAUGUUCUGAAUGGUGGCUUUUUUCAAUAAUUGGCCCCAUUGGAUGAUAACCAUGGUCAUUCUGGCGCUUGUCUCCCCCUCUGACGGAUUGUUUCAGCUACCUGCAGCACUACACACACCUUUAGUUUUUUGUCCGAGGGGCCGAAAAAAAAAACCCACAAGAACUGAACGAGCCUCUCCAGUAUUUUUUAAAACCCAACACCUACAGUGCUUACGAGAUUUCUUUUUUUAUGUUCUUUUUUCUAUUUAUUAUUAACGGCCUUAAUGUAUUUAUGACGAGGAGUUAGCGUAGCCGCGGGACGUCGGAGUGCGCGGCGGCCCAAAAGAUAUUUCCCUUUUUUUAAGAAUAUUCAGCGUGUAGGUAGUUAGCGGAGUGUACAUUAAAUAUAGAUGUUUGUUCCGGGGUUUCUGCCAUAAAUAUUCAGGAAAAUGUUUUCAUCGUGUAUGUGAACGCAUACGAGCCUUCAAAACAAAAACAGAGAAUAACGUUUUUCAGUAUUAAUAGAGUCAAAGAAAAAAGUAUUUAAGAUAAAACUACAGAAAGUAGCGUUUCUAGUUCAGAUUUUAGUAUUUUCAUGCCGAUGCCUGUCGAUAAAUGUGAGUAUUCAAGGGAUCACUGUACAUAUGUUGUAUUAUUAUUAUUGAUAUCAUCGCAGGUUUUCUGUUUUCUACUGAAUCACAUGACUGGAACUGAACGUCUCUCAGGUUUAUACGUUUGCUUUCUGACAGCAACCCGAAAAAAACCAAGAAUAAUAUCUUUAAAAACACUGGAGAUCCAUUUCACAGAUUUAAGGAGAACAAAAACAUUUAAAAUAAAAAAAUUGAGAGAAAAAUUCAUUAAAAAAUCAGAACAAUUUGCCCAAAAUUCACCUCAUGUUUUCACCUCAUGUUUCCACUACAACGCUUUACAGAAUAUUAGAUUUUGAUGCACAGCUUUGCUCUCUGAAAUGCGUUCGUUGUAAUCCCCUCAAACUUCUACAAAUGGUUAUUUUUAUAAAUGUUGUUGCUUGGUAACCCUAACACGCCAUCAUCAUCUCUGUAAUGUUUCCAAAUAUAAAAAAUGAAUUACAAUUCAGAAAACCUUUUAAACAUCUGAAAUACAGAUUCAAUUAGAGAAAAACAGCUGCCUUUUUAUUUAGAAGUCAAAUUAGCAUAUUUUGUUGGUAACAGAUCUAGAGUCAUCAUUCUGGCUGCAACUUGAAUUGAUGAACUCAUAAUUAGCUUUAUGAAACUGUCCCUCAAAACUUUCCAGAGCCAACAAAAGACAUUUACAUAUUUUAAUUUGUGCAGAAAUCUCUAGUUUGAAAUGAAAAGAAUCAGAGAAAACUUCUGUUUUAUCCCCAAUAUUUCUCUCACCAACACCAACACGUAUCCGGUCUGUGUUUGUUGACAGUAAUCCGGAUAUGGUCCUGUGUUGCAGAAAGCAGACGUGUAGACGCAGAGACGUCAGAGUUGGGUCACGCCCCUCCUCCCCUUUAAACCAGUAUAGAAAAUAUGCCAAAAACGUUUUCUUUGUUUUUGUACUGGGACCAUCUCUCUCUCUCUCCGCCUCUUUUUUAUAUUUUCUGCGUAACUUUAUUUAACUCAUGUCUGACGACGAGCCUGACGAUGAACACUGCCUCACAAACAAACGGCCGGUAAAUAAAUCAGGUCUUUAUUUUCCAUCCUUUUCUUCUUGUAGAAACCAGCGAAUCAGAAAAAGGGACGAAUGUUCAAACUGCGUCCCGAGUGUCUUCCUGCUGGUCCAGAAGUUUACGUGUUUCAACAUUUCUUCUUAUGUUUCAUAUUUCACACAGACGAUGCACAAGAUGAACAAAUACAAAAAUCCAGAGGGAGAAAUGCCUUUAUCAGAAGAGAGGGAGUCUGAAGAGAGAGGAGCUGUUUAUUUAUUUAGCUUUUAUUUCGUUUGUAUUUAUUUUUUAUUAUCAUAUCCAGGUCACCUCUGAAGUAUCAAAGAUCUUAAAGAUCCAAACUGUACGGCACAAACUAAAAUAUGAAAUAUUAUUACAUAUAUAUCGGUGCGUCCGUGGCGUCAGUGGCAGAAAAAACCCCGAAAGGAUAAAAAACGAGCAAUAUGGAAACAAACAAACACCAGAAUAAAUUCAUUCUAAACAAAAAAAAACUCACAAAAAAUGUGUAAAAAAAGAUGAGAUUUAGAGAAAAAAGAAUUUGUGAAGUUUAAAUGAUUUGAGUUUAAACAAAGAACAUGUUUUCUGUCCCGCUGUCACUCUCCGCUCUGAGCCAGAUGCACACGUUUUGUUUUAAAUAUAUAUAUUUGAUGCGUUCAGAACACAGAGCCUGCGGAGCUUUUAGUAAAUUGGCCCCAAAAUCACUCUUCUAAAAACCAAAUUGAAAACCAUUUGAACACAAACAGAGAAAAAUGUGAUUUUUGGGAUUCAAAUAAAACAUUUCCGAACAAAAAGAUUCAAAUGAACGCGAAUAAUCUCACAAACUAAUUAUCUGAGAUCAAAUAAAAUAAAUAUUCAUUUUCAGGUUUAAAAAUCACCCCUUUACGAUUUGAAACAGUGGAAGUGUAAUUCUGUUCAGGUUGGAACAUGUUCCCAUGAAUGAACUAAUUUAAAACGUGAAAAAGUAUAAAUCACGAUAAGAUCAAAAGUUCACUUAAAAAAAUCAUGAGAAAUAAUUUGGUUCUUUGAAACACAUUUCCACACGAUGGAUUUCUUUAAUCUCAGAAAGUCUCGUCUUUCUUUAAUCCAACAUUUUAAACAAUUGUGAAAGCUCCCGGCUCCGCCUCUGAAGCGCGUCGUCUGCAUUAACUCUGAACCUACCUUGCCUUUAUUAAAGAGUAAAUCAUCAUCAGUGUGUGAAUCUCUCCGAGGGGUUGUACCGGAAUGUACCAUGUGAUGCAUAUCGAGGAAAUCAAAAAGGAAACCAUAUCAGCGCCGAAUAAAAAACUAAGCAUCGUCCAUCCCCGAAAAAAACCCCUUGUCAUCCGUUCCUAGAAAUCUUCUCCGGGAGAAACUGUGCGUAAACAGAUCUAUUUUAAUACACGACACGACAUUUGAACAAAACAAAGUUAGAACAUUUUUAUAUUCUUUUAUCAAGGAGCUAAUAAUAAAAAAUAAAGACCAGAACACCGGACCUUUAUUAUUUCCGGUUCUGCAUUCUGGAGCUCACGACGUUUGAUUCGCCACGAGGAGACGACACGUUUAGAGGGGGAUACCAAGUGUGUGUAGAAGUUUUUCUUUGUGGUUCAUAAAGGGGCUGUCCAGUGGAUAGUGUGUAUAGGAACGUGUUUGUCUUUAAUAUGCCAAUGUAGUUUUUCUUCUUUAUGAUGCAUUAACAAGUCGAUUGAUGGAAGUUGGUAAAUGAUUAAAGAGUUAGUCUCACUUUUUUGUACCAAGUUCUUACAAAAAAUGGAUUCAUUAAUAAAGAAAAUUCAAGAACAAA